GUCAGCUGAAUUUAGAAUACAGCCGCGAUCGCCACUCACUUAACACUUAAUCGUCUGUCAGUCGCGUUGAUACAACCACGACUCACGAGUGUUUUGUUUACUUGAAAUUGUGUCCGCGUUGUGAAUUCGAGCGCCAGUCCCGGAAAAAGUAAAUGGUACAACCUAUAAAGGAUAUGGUGGUUCCUGAAAGUGAGUCAAGAGCAUACCAAUAUGACUACAAAAAAGAUUUCAGGACAGCUUUACCGCAAAUUAUAGCAGUCAGCGUAAAGAAUUUGUUGUUACUAAGUUAUGGAAUGACCCUCGGCUUUCCUACGAUAGUCAUCCCUGCAGUCAAGGAUCCUAUUGAAGGAGAAAAACUACAUUUACAGAACUCUGAAAUAUCGUGGAUCAGUUCCAUUAACCUUAUCGUGGUGCCCAUUGGAUGCGCAUUAUCUGGUCUCCUCACUUCGCCUCUCGGACGUCGAAGGGCCAUGCAAGUAGUGAAUGUGCCGUUCUUCAUAGCCUGGAUCAUAUUCUUCUAUUCUUCGUCUACUAGCCACUUGUACGCUGGCCUCUGCUUGACGGGCCUAGCGGGUGGACUUCUUGAGGCACCAGUCCUGACGUACGUGGCAGAGAUCACCCAGCCCCAUCUCCGUGGGAUGCUGUCAGCGACCAGCUCAAUGUGCAUCAUAAUAGGCGUCUUCACGCAAUUCCUGUUUGGCCUACUAUUCUACUGGAGGACUGUGGCGCUUGUCAAUAUUAUAUUUACGGUACUGGCUGUGAUUGCGUUGUUCUUUGUACCAGAAUCCCCGCACUGGCUGGUUUCUCGCAAACGACACGAUGAUGCAAGGAAGAGCUUACAAUGGCUUCGUGGUUGGAUUGGACCUAGCGCUGUUGAACAUGAGUUGAAGGAUAUACAAUCAUUAUUCAAGAAAAAGAAAGCUUCGGAUGACACAGAAGAUACAAUCUGCGAGAAGAUGUCAAUGUACAUGAAGAGGAGCUUUUUGGUGCCAUAUUUUCUUGUCUCAUACGCUUUUUUCGUCGGCCAUUUUAGCGGGAUGACUACGUUACAGACAUAUGCAGUGUCGAUAUUUCAGAUGCUAGAAGCGCCUAUUGAUAAGUACUACGCCACGCUUAUCCUAGGUAUCCUACAAAUUUUGGGCUGUGGAACAUGUGUGGUGCUGGUACACUACACGGGGAAGAGACCACUGACAUUCUUCUCAACAGCAUCUGCAGGUAUCUGCUGUUUGCUGGUCGCUGCUUAUGAUGGCUAUAUACGAACGCAUGAUGUGCUACAACCAACCGAAGUACUAGUGGUCGUCAACACGAGUACAGCCCUAAAUGCAACAGUUGAAACUGUUAUGAAAAACCCGUACUCUUGGAUGCCUACAACUCUACUUAUGUUGUUGGCGCUGGUAACUCACUCUGGAAUAAGACUUUUGCCGUGGAUUUUAAUUGGAGAAGUCUUUAGCGCAAAAACAAGAGCAGGAGGGGCGGGUUUAGCCAGUGCUAUUGGUUAUAUCUUCGGCUUCUUAACAAAUAAAAUGUAUAUAAGCAUGGUUGACACUCUCUCAAUAUGGGGUACAUACGGAUUCUAUGGUUUUGUUUGUCUUUCGGGUACGGCAGUAUUUUACUUUAUACUACCCGAAACGGAGGGGAAGAAACUACACGACAUAGAGAAUCAUUUUGCCGGUAUAACAAGACUGACAAAUCAAGUUCAUCGAUCUCAGAGGAAAAGUGACAUGGAAGUAGCAAAAUUGCGCGAACUGAAGGGUACAGCUAAUCCAACAUUUGAAGGAGACUGCACAAACUUGUAGAAUAAUCAAUGUUAUUGUAAUGCAUAAUAAUUUUAUACAAGUAAUAUUUUUAUUUUGGUGAAUUUGUUAUACCAAGUAAAUCUUGCCAUAUA